AUGAGUGGUCAAAGAACCGGCAGCUCCCAUCAGGCCAAACGCCCGCGACUCGGCGAGCGUACCAUGUUGGCCUGCAUCGGUUGCAAGCAGAAGAAACUCAAGGUCAUAUUCAAGUCUCUUUCAUACAGAAACAGGACUGACUCAUUCAUAGUGCGACGGACAAAGUCCCAAGUGCCAGAACUGCACUGCCUGGUUGAAGACCCCGGCACCGGCUUGCAUCGCCCGCGCGACUACAUGAAGUCGCUGGAGGCCCGCGUUGCCUAUCUCGAAGGUCUCUUACAGCAGGCCCGGCCUGAGGUCGCCCUCGAUCACUUUGGUGCCAACAACGAGGGUGGUGGUCGUGAUCGUGGUCGUGAAGUAGACCAGCACGCCAGCGCCACCGCCGCGUCGCACAACGGCGGCCCUACGCAACCAAUGUCCAUCAUGCACAUGCCAUCUGCCCUCGCCCCGAACCUCCAGGCUCACCACUCGUCGUUCGAAGACGUCGACUUCUCACGGGCGCUGCGGGCGCCUUCUGUAGAUGCAGAUGAUCACCAUGUCGACACCUUGUCGUCAGAGGUUGCGCUGCUCUGCCUUAGUGCGGCCGGCCGAGAGCCGCAUUACUUUGGUCCUUCUUCUGCUGUUUCCUUUUCGCGCAUCGUCAGCGCUACCAUGGGCCUUGCCAGCACUGGCGGAAGCUCACAGCAUAGCCAUGCAGGUCGCGGGAAGGAUAUCAACCCUGAAGUCGUCCGAGAGGUUCCAUUGAGGUUACCGUCGCCGACUCUGAGGGCAAACUUGUCAGAAGCAUACUUUAACAACAUACAUCCCCAGUACCCAUUUCUUCACAAGCCGACGUUCCAGAUUUGGGAAGAGACCUGCCUCAAAGCGAGUCUCGACGGAGAUUUGAGCAGUGUUAACGGAUCAACGCUUUUCUUCGUCUUGAUGAUUUAUUCAAUAGGGUCUUUAGUCCUUGGCCAAAGCCAUUAUGAUGCUGCUGAGGUCGCCCAGUCGGUAUUCCUGACGACUCUAUCGAUGUUGAGGGCGCACCCGCUGUCGGUCUUCACCUCUCGCUCCUGGUUCCAGCUCGCCUACGACCACUCGAUCCUAUUGUUGUACCGCCAUUACAUGAUGGGUGGAUUACCCGCAAAUCACCCCACACCAGAUGGUACUGGCGGCGGCGGCCACGGAGCAACCCUCAACGACAACGAAGCCACGGAGCGGGUGCUGGAAGAGUGCGCGGUGCGCGCGCGGGAGAUGUGCAUGCUCUACCGCCGCGUCUAUCAGUCCUCCUCGGUUCAGUUCACCUGGGGCAGCCUGCACAUCCUCUUCCUCGGCGGGCUGACGUACCUCUACUGCUUGUGGCGCUCCAAGCGCGUCCGGGACUCAACGAGGCAGGCCGACGUCGUCACGACGUGCAUGGCGUGCACCACCGUCCUCAUCAUCAUUGCCGAGCGGUGGAAUUUGGCGACGUCGUACCGAGACAUCUUUGAGGCGCUGUCGCAGCGGACGAUCAGCAUGAUUUGUAAUGAUGGGCAGAAGCCGGCGGCGGCGGCGGCGCCUGGUGGCGUUAAUAACACUUCGUUGCCUGCGAUCGGGCCGGGCCCGGGGGCGGAGGCGGAUAUGCAUGCUGCUUUUGGUGGUGGUGCAGCGCCUUCGAUGCAGGACUGGAUUAUGGGGUUAGAUGACUUGUCGAUCCCGCAAGAGUCGGAGUGGCUGGUGCAAGAGUUGCUUCAAGGUGUUCGGGAUUAUUAG